AGGAACAGUGUGAAUAGCGCAUGCGCACACAAGCCGGUACUUUUGUAGAUGUAGGUAUACAUUUCUUCCGGGUAGUAUCCGCAGAAAAACACACUUAAUAUUUAAUGGGAACGAUAUAGAUAUAUAGUGACAGCGAGAGACGUUUGAUUCAUGUCAGGAUAAACUUCCCUCGGUGAACUUUGAAGCUCAUCUAUCUUAGCUUGCUAGCUGCUAACGAAGAAACCCGGAAGUUAUCAACAUACCACUAAGCAGCCAUCAAGCGUGAGUGUAAAUGGGUAAAAUGCAAAUGCUGUCAAAGUUGGUGAAUCAGCGAUUAACUGCGUCAUAUGAAGAUAUAUUGGAGUGUUACAACGAUAGCAGAGUACGAGGAGGAAUUUCGUCGAACAAGAGAGGAGAACGAACGUCAACGCUAACUCCUUUUUCAACAAGCCUCAAGUUGUGUUGCACAGAACAGACAUCAGUGAAGAACAUCUUCCCCGUGAGCUGCGGGAGUGGAACUCCAGGAUGGAACAGGGAGAGCUGCAGCUCCCCCACAUUAAAGAUGAAGAAGAAGAGCCUCAGCCACCCAGCAUUAAGGAGGAAGAGGAGGAUUACAACAUCAGUCAGGAGGGAGAGCAUCUUGAAGGACUGGAGGAGUUCCCAGUGAUUGUUGUCCCUGUGAAGAGUGAAGAUGAUGAAGACCAAGGUCAAAGUGAGGAGGAGAGAGAGGCGGAGCCUCCAAGCUGCAGCUCCACUCGUCACACGACAACAGAAGCUGAUGGAGACCACUGUGGAGCACAAGCACAAGCAGACAACCUCUUAGCUCCACUAUCAGAUAGCGACGACAUAACGUCACACUCUACUGACACUGAUGAUGAAGACUCUGAAGCUGAUAUGACAUGUCACACUGACAACACACGCUGGAAAUGCUCUCAAUGUGACAAAACCUUUGUUACCAAGGGAAAUCUGAACAGACACAUGAAACAUCACACAGGAGAGAAACCUUUCCUCUGCUCAGUUUGUGGUAAAAGAUUCUCUCAACAGUCAAAUUUGAAAGUACAUACAAGAAUGCACACCGGAGAGAAAGCUUUUCCUUGCACGGUGUGUGGUAAAAGAUUCAGUAAAAAAGGCGUUUUAGUAACACACACAAGAAUACACACAGGAGAGAAACCUUAUCCUUGCAUGACGUGUGGUAAAAGAUUCAGCCAAAAAGGGGACUUAAUAACACACACAAGAAUACACACAGGAGAGAAACCUUAUCCUUGCACGGUGUGUGGUAAAAGAUUCAAUCAAAAAGUCGAGUUAAACACACACACGAGAGUACACACUGGAGAGAAACCAUUUCUUUGCACGGUGUGCGGUAAAGGCUUCAAGCAUGUAAGUGUUUUAAAAAGACACACAAGAAUACACACUGGAGAGAAACCUUUUUCCUGCACAGUUUGUGGUAGGAGAUUUGCUCGGAACUCACAUUUGAACGCACACGCAAGAACACACACUAGAGAAACUGUUCAAUGUGUGGUCAGCGAUACACAAAUAGUACAAACUUAACUGAACACAAAAUAAUCCACACUCGGGAGUAACUUGGGCAUUUUUGGAGGACAGGAAGUAUGGAUAAGCAAGCUCUCGUUGAGAGGUAAUGGGGGGGGGGGGUUAAACACACACAGCACAAGUGUUGCUAAUGUAGCAAUGUCGCCGCUAAAUCUGAGAACCAAGUUUAUUUGUGGUUCAAAACUUGUGUUUGUGUUUUAUCUCACUUUCACAUCAUAACAGAAAUGAGAAACAGGAACUUUUUUCUUCUUUUUGUUUCGCAGGUUUGAAUUUAAGCCAAUAUUGGACAUCCCUAAUUAUAAUAUUUAAUUUUGCCGAUUUUAAUAGCACAUAUUUGAUACCAUCUGUGUUUUUACAUAUGUGAUUCAUUUUAAUUGUCAAUAAAUCCACUAGGAGCCAUUUAGAAAAGGCUCUCUAAAAAGAGCAGGACUUCCCAUUCCAUUCAUUUCUACCGCUUAUCCUCACAAGGGUCGUGGGGGUGCCGGAGCCUAUCCCAGCUGUCUUGGGGCGAGAGGCGGGGUACACCCUGGACUGGUAGCCAGCCAAUCACAGGGCACAUAUAGACAAACAACCAUUCACACUCACAUUCAUACCUAUGGACAAUUGGAGUUGCCAAUUAACCUAGCAUGUUUUUGGAAUGUGGGAGGAAACCGGAGUACCCGGAGAUAACCCACGCAUGCACGGGGAGAACAUGUAAACUCCACAUGGAGGAUGGAAUCAAACUCGGGUCUUCUAGCUGUGUGGCCUGCGUGCUAACCACUUGAUCGCCAUGCAAC